AUGGCGGAGCUUUUCGAAACCGCGGACCGUCCAAUUGCGCCGCAAUACCACCAGCAAAGAUGCAAGUCCCUCGCCGGCUCCAAAGAGAAGCAGCUGGCUGCAAAUCACCCUUAUCACCAUUGCCGCGGCGUGUUCACCGUACGGCCGCUCACCCAAGCGCGAAACUACGAGGUUUACCACGAGGCGUGGAGGAAAGGGCUGUGGAGUGUACAAUUCAAACAGCCGCAGUUACAGGUUGGAAGGGAUUACACGCCACUGCCGCCGAUCAGGGAAGAUGAACUCUCGAUCGACGAUGCUGUCAAAGACGGCGACAAUAUGCAGUUUUUGAUUCGGAGGGAGCCGCAGGGUGAAAUCUCCGGCUACCUGCACUCCCUGGCACCCGGGGCAAUAUUGGAGUUUCGUGGCCCGCAGAUGGACUAUGAAUUGCCGGAUGAUGUGCAGGAAGUCCUCUUUAUCGCGGGCGGGACUGGGAUAGCACCGGCAUUGCAGGCUGCACAUACGAUUUUCAGAGAUAGGCAAUCGAAAAAUACUCGAAUGCAUGUACUUUGGGCGAACAGAAGGAGAGAAGACUGCCUGGGCGGGCAAAGUGACGUUCCUGACACAACCCACAGUAGUUGGUGGUCACGGAUAUAUUUUAAUCUAGCGGGCCGGAAAGAAAAUACAAGGACAAAUGAUGAGUCGAAUUUUACCGUUUCACUCCUCGAGGAGCUUAAAAGGCAAUCUCGGGGUCGAUUUUCAGUCGAUUAUUUUGUUGACGAGGAAAACACCCUCAUUGGAAAGCAGCCCAUAUUGGAAUUCACAGGCCACGGUGAAAAGGAUCAACUGGACCAGCGCCCGAAACGAAAAUUAAUUCUGAUAUCAGGACCAGAUGGAUUCAUCAGCUACCUAGCAGGCCCGAAGUUGUGGAGAAAUGGAGUUGAAAUCCAAGGUCCCCUUGGCGGUCUUCUCAAAGAAUUAAACCUCAAGGACUGGGAAGUGCGGAAGUUAUGA